GCUUUUGAGGAAAAAAAAGAACAAACUCCAUAUUUUUUCACAGCUCUGAACAAGUAACAAUAGUUUUCGUAUAAAAAUACAGAAAAUACCAAUAGAAACCAUCAAAUUGUUGUUUAAAGUUGUGCAUAAUUUAGUGGAGAAGUGUAACACUAUAAAUGCGUUGAUAAACUGCGCCAAAAUCACUCUCUGAGGCAAAUAUACUCGAAGCUGCUUAUCUGCCUACAAUGGAUUUCUCACCGGGUCCAGACAGUGACAAUUACGGCUACUAUAGGAAUCGGAACCGCCGAGACGACCGGGACCGAGGCAACAACAACAACCGUGGACGUUCAAAGGAACGUCACUACCGCCGGUACAGUCGUAGCCGGUCGCGGUCCUACAGCCGGGAGCGGUACAUUAGCAGUAACAACCGGAGAAGCCCCGAGAGAGAUUUGUACAGGGAUUUGAUAGAUCAGGACUAUGGAGACAAUUCCUAUGAUAAUCGGGACCGAGAUAGGUACCGUCACAGGAGUCGUGACCGCGAGCGCAGAUCUAGAGAAAGGGAUCGCAGGGAUCGUGACAAACCCAACAAGCGCGGAUAUUCCCCAGUUCAGAAUAACAGCAACGACUUCGAUGACAACUAUGAUAGCGAUAACAACCAGGAGUUCUUUUACCACCAAAAGCCCAACAAUAAAAUUAUCGUUCGGGGAUUAGCUGCGCAUAUCACCGAGGCGGACAUCAAUAGUGAUCUCAUACAAUGCGGACUGCAAGCACUCCACGUUCGGUUGAUCCGGAGGAAGAAAACAGGUGCAUCGAGAGGUUUCGCAUUUGUCGAGUUCCGCACUGAAGAGGAGGCAACUCGCUGGAUUUGCUACAAACAGGGGAUGUUGAUCUUCAACGAUCAUCGCGCCAUCAUGCAGUAUACCUAUCAACUGCCGGCGGAGAUGCGUGCCAAGGAUAAGCCCCAAACCGAUUGGUACUGCGCUAAGUGUGGAGUCUUCAACUUCAAGCGCCGUGAGAACUGUUUCAAAUGCUUUGCCUCUCGCGAGGAAAGCGAAAAGGGUGGCGAAGGAAGCGAUGAAAUCAGCAACAUUCUGACGAAAAAGAUCAUGCUCAGGAACCUAGACGUGCUUACCAACGAGGAAAGUGUUCUCUGUGCAAUGCAAGAAAAGAUCCCUGACCUGGUGUCCAAAAUAUCGAAAAUAAUGGUAUGCCGAGACCCGCUCACGCAAACUUCGCGGGGUAUUUGCUAUCUGCACUUUGAUAAUUUGCUCGACUCGAUGAACACCUAUAAUGCACUGAAGUCGGUAGAGCCCAUACUGAAAAUAGACGGCCGGGAAGUGCUUAUUUCGUACUGCAUGGAUACCGAGAAUCGAAAUCUUGUCAAGGGUGGGCAUAAGUCUUCAAACAAUAAUGGCAACAACUAUCAAGAGCCAGCACAAGGAAGUAGUGGAGGUCAAGCACCUUAUCCUAAUAACUACCAGUACACGAUGGCCGAUGUUCCACGACUUGCGGAGUACAGUGCGUCGGUGUACGCGUCGAAUCCGGUAGAGCAUGAGCAUUAUUUGCAGUUCUAUACGAACUAUUAUGUGACGCAGAUCAGUCAAGGGCAAAUGAGCAACUUCCCUACCGAGGCACAGAUGGGAGAAACGGCCAACUCGGGUGCUGCUGUUGCUCAUUCGGCACUAACGCGAAAGCAAGGAUCCAAAGGCAAAGCCGAGACAUCAACGGCUCCAGCAGCUAUGUUGCCAGCUCCUCAACCACAACAAAUUCCCAAUGGGACCGACGGAAAGACAUACCCUACGCCGGAUGUUUCCCAAUACCAGUACGAUGAGACCUCCGGCUUCUAUUAUGAUCCUUCAACCGGUCUGUACUACGACUCCAAUUCACAGUACUAUUACAACAACGAAACUUGCUCGUAUCUGUACUGGGAUAAUGAAAAGAGCACGUAUGUCAUGGCACCGGCAGCAUCGACCACUACGGCCACCACAGCAAGUUCAUCUACGGAGACGGCAACGGCGGCAGAAACUGCAACUGCCACCGCAGCUAACGCCAACGGCGAAAAGGCGGAGAAAAAGACAAAAGAUCAGCCGCAAGAUAAGGUGAAGGUGGCGAAAAAGAUAGUCAAGGAUAUGGAAAAAUGGGCGAAGCAACUCAAUCAAAAGAAAGACUACAGCGUGAUACAACCACCAGCCAGGGUCGAAGAGGCGACGCUGUACUCUUCCCUGGGACAGAUCUCUGCACGGCCCGCAGAAUCAUCCGGCGGUUACGCGGAUGUCGGCUUUUCGUUACUAGAGAAAAAGCAAAGCACCCAAGCCGUUUCCAAUUUCCUUAUGGGGCAAGCCAAGACGGCGGUCACCAAGGGCAGCAAUGCUUUGGUUUCGUCGUACAAUUCUGAUUCGGACAAUGAGGGUGAUGAUGCCAUCGGGGAGCGAGAAUACGUUGACUUCGAAAAGCUUACCUGUUUGCUGUGCAAGCGAGCAUUCCAGUCGCAAGAGAUUCUGAACAAACAUCUGAAGAUGUCGUCGCUUCACAAGGAAAACCUCCAGAAGUUCAAAAAAUGCGGAGAUGCUGGCGGUAUGCUGGGCAAUAAAGGGGGAGCAUAUCGUGACCGUGCGAAAGAGCGUCGCUUGAAAUAUGGUGAAGUUGAUCCUCCACCAGUGAACAAAAGCAAGGAACGGUUUCAGCGGGAGAUAGAAAAACAAACUCAGGCCUCGUACAGUGCACCCAAUCUGGCGGCGGUUCCGAUUGGUCAGAACAAUGUGGGCAACAAGCUUCUCCAGAAAAUGGGAUGGUCUGAAGGACAAGGCUUGGGAAGGAGCAAUCAAGGUCGAACUAACAUAAUUGAGACUGAAUCUCGGGUGGCGAAUGUAGGCUUGGGCAUUAAAGCGGCACAUUAUGGAGCUACUGGAGAUGACUACAAAACGUACAUCAAAAAAAUGAUGAAGGCUCGAUACGAACAGGCAGAUGUGAAAGAUUAAUCUUUCUCUUAAGAUUAAUGUGUUGCAUCAUAAUGCAACAUUGUAGCAUUUUAUUCUGUUUUCAGGAAUAUCUAAUUAUGAUUUUUAAAGUCAACAAAUUAAAAUUAUUAUUAAAAUUA